AUGAAUCUAUUUCCUUCAAGAAAUCUUUUUUCAAACCCUAGUUCACCUUAAACUUUUGAACCAAAUCCAUGUAAGAAGUUAUUUGUUAAUCCUCCAUUUACACCUGAGUUUGGCAAUUAAAUUAGAUAACCAAUAAAAUUAUAAGUAAGAGAGGGGAUAGGAAUUGAAUAAAAAAAAUAAUUAGCUUUGAAAAUUUAUUAAUAAUAAGAAUAUAAGAAUUAAAACGAUUAAAUUAAUUCACCUAGUACUCCUAAAUAAAAUGAGAGAAAAUUAUAAUAAUCAACAGGAGAGAAAAGUAAGCAAAAUCAAAUAAAUAAAAUUAAUAAGAGAAAAGUAAUUAGAAAUUUGAAUAAGUAAUUUGAUGGAGAAUUAGGGGUUUCAAAAAGUAGAUAUUAAGAAGAAUAUAUAUAAGUGGAUGUUUUGGGUAGUGGUUAUUUUGGAUAAGUUUAUAAAUGUAAAAAUAGAUUUACAAAUUAAAUUUGUGCAAUAAAAUGUACAAAAAUAAAAAACAAUAAAUUAAAUAUUGAUUUAGCAAAUGAAUCUCAAGCUUUGGCAUAUUUAAAUUCUAAAGGAGCAUGUAAAAAUUUAGUUAGAUAUUUUACUUCAUGGUAAGAAGGAAAUAUGUUAUAUUUGUUAAUGGAAUAUUGUGAUUAUAGUGUUAAUUCAAGAUAAGAUUAUGAGGAAUUCGAAAUUAAAAAAAUACUUAAAGAUAUAACUAAUGGAUUGAUUUUCUUGCAUGAAUAAUAAAUAACACAUCUUGAUAUUAAACCAGAAAAUAUUCUAUAUAGUAAGAAAGAUGGUUAAUAUAAAUUGGCUGAUUUAGGUUUAUCAAAGAAAAUAUAAUAACGUCAAGAAGAUGUAAGUGUUGGAGACUUUAGAUAUAUUGCCAAAGAAUUACUUAAUCAGACAGAGAAGUUAGAUCUAUGCAAAACUGAUAUAUUUUCUUUAGGUGUUACUCUUUAUUAAUUAAUGAUAAGAUAGUAAUUACCAUCAAAUGGAGAAGAAUGGCAUCGUAUUAGAGAUGGUAUUCGAAUUACUGAUUUUCCUGAAAACAUGUAUUCUCUAAGAUUAAGAAGUUUAAUAUGUAGAAUGAUGGAUCCUAAUCCUAUUUCAAGAAUUAGUGUUAAAGAUAUUUUGGAAGAUGAGUAUAUAUAUAUCAAGAAUGAAAAUUAUAUCAAAUGGGAAAAAAUACGUGGUUUGAUGCUUAGAAGAUAAUUAGAUGAAUAAUUAAUUAAAUAAAGAAAAUACAGUAUAUGA